ACCACCCGGAGUCUCGCGAGAGCGACUGAGCGAGAUCUCGCAGGCCUGUUGUGUUGUGUUGAGAGAGGCUGCGUGGGGGGUUUCGCUUGAUGUCACUGCGUUAGCGCCACCGUUUCUCCUGCUUCUGCGGCGUCUUCCAGUCCUCUCUAUCCACAUACACCAGUUUAGCGACCGUUCGUGGUAACUUACACCAGCGGAGGUUUGACGGGUUUUGGAGGGCGAUGCAGCAGCGCUCGUAAAGAUGCGCGUAACGUUACAGCUGAGGAGGAAGACGGACCGUCACUCCGUCGAUGAAAACGGUCCUCUGCGGCUCUGAGUCACUGUCUUAACGCAUUCAAGGUUCAGUUCCUGCAGUCGAGAGCUUCAUCGCGAUGGAUAUGUGCACGGCGAGCGGCAGCAGGCCCUCCGGAUGACAAACAAACACACCGCGAGGAUCCGGAGCCCUCCCGAGUUAGCUAACGUUAGUAAUAGUCAGUCACUUUUCGAGGAGGAUGAGGAUGAGCAUCAGCCCCGAGCUCCUGUUAGGAGGAAGAUCAGCCAAACAGCCUGACCUUUGAGGAGUUUGUUACUGGACUCCUAGCCAUAUCACAUCACAUCUCUCUAUAUCAUAUCAUGCAGUCAGCCUCGAGCAGGACCGUCCUGUUCACCGACCGCUGCUGAUCGCUCCAGAGCGAGAUUAGCCGAGACCUUCACCCCUGUAUCAGAGCCCGGGACACCUGAGAUGGAUAAACUCACCAUUAUUUCAGGAUGUCUGUUUCUGGCCGCGGAUAUAUUCGCCAUCGCGAGCAUAGCCAAUCCAGACUGGAUCAACACUGGCGAGUCAGCAGGAGCUCUUACUGUGGGGCUGGUGCGUCAAUGUCAGACCAUUCAUGGACGAGAUCGAACCUGCAUCCCCCCGCGACUCCCUCCAGAAUGGGUCACCACACUCUUCUUUAUCAUCAUGGGCAUCAUCUCCCUCACGGUCACCUGUGGCCUGCUGGUAGCCUCGCACUGGCGUCGAGAAGCCACAAAGUACGCAAGAUGGAUCGCCUUCACAGGAAUGAUCUUGUUUUGCAUGGCCGCCCUCAUAUUCCCAAUAGGAUUCUACAUCAAUGAAGUAGGGGGACAACCCUACAAAUUACCCAACAACACAGUGGUGGGCUCCUCUUAUGUACUGUUCGUGCUCUCCAUCUUCUUCACAAUAGUGGGGCUCCUGUUUGCGGGAAAAGUCUGCCUUCCUGGCUGAGGGGACGUUCCCAGCCGGGACAGCUGGGGUGUUCAAAGUGAACCGGAAAGAAGCGGCACUCAUCGAGAAGGGCCCACGACAGGGGUGUUGAUAUAUGCUAAUAACUCAUUAAACUGCGAAACUAAACAGACCAUUACUGCACACACUACAUACGAGUGCUCCCCUCAGCCCAACUUCUGCUCUGUUAAACCCGUGCUGUCUUUAAGUUGCACCUAUGAGUUUCAACCCAAAGGAUCAGGGGGGCGUUGAAGUACACGCAGGCCCGUCCGGAAAGGACCGAGCGCAUCCACACCGGCUGCUUCCAGGACCACCCUACUUUGGAAUAUAGUUCCGUUAUCUUCUGUUCAGUUACAGUUUGCAGCGUUUCACACAAGUGCGCCCCCUACCUUCAUGGAGAGGAAUGACAAGUAACUGGUGGAGAAUGCGAGCACUGAUAUAAUGGACAAGUCACUCGGUCCAACAGAUGUUCUCUCUAGCUGCCAAGCAACUGUCCGGGACACUUCAGUGUUACAAAAGAUUGAAAAGGCAAAAGGGAACAGUAUUAAGACCAUUUUCGUUCUCUCGCACUACAUGAGGCGAAUGCUCCGGGACUGCCGGUCAGGACCCUGCAGGGCUGUGCCUCGCUGUUACACGCUCAAAUAUUAACAGAUGCGUCUCUGAAUCUUACACCAUACCAAAAUAAACUCCCGCAUGAGCUCGAGUUGAGUUGAGUUCGGUUCAGUCACAGGCGGAUGUGUUUGUGCUUUUGACUUUACACCUGCUCAUCACUUCUUGUUUUGAUCUCCGGGUUCGCAGAGCCCUUUACUUGUUUGGUCUGAUUUGCUAAUGUGCCAUAAACCUGUUUAGUUGUAUGAAUGCGACGGACAUGAGUUGGGUUUUAGGGAGCACUGUGCAGUAUAUAGCCAUUUCAGUAGGCGAAGCACUACAGAUGUACAAAAAUGAACUCCUUACCUCAGUAUUUUGUGAUUCUGAAUGAUUUUCCCCUCACCAUACCAAUAUAUGUGCCCUGUAACUUAUGUUUUUGCCUUUAUCACAGACCUUUAAUUCCAGCUGUGCGAUCGUUGCAGAUUAUUUAUCAGACACUGAAUAAAAGGAGCUUGAGAAUGCGUGUUACAUCAGCUCUGUUUUUAAAGGGUUCCUUGUUUUUUUGGAAAGCGAAUCUACUUUGUGAGAGUGGAACAAAACCAGUAGUGUUUGUUUAUGAUGGAUGUGUGUGAUGAUGUGAAGGUUACAUUUCGUUGUUUUAUUGUAUUUUUCAUGACUGUUCUCCAAGUUUUUGUUCUGUUUUAUUUGAAUAUGCUUUUUUUGUUCACUCCGUUUAAGAAAGGUCAAGCUCACAGUCGCCUUUACGUUGUUUACUUAAUUUCAUUAAUGCUUUGAAAGCCUGCACUUUUCCUUCGAAGCAUCCUUGUUCAUUAUAGAGACGACGAACGGAUAAAAUGUGUUUAUUCAAAUUUUAGAUGAUCCUCGUAAAUAUGUGGCCCUAAGAACAUAGACUCUUAGAUUGAAGAAUUGAUCAAAAUGUGUUUACGAAAUUCCCUCCACCAAGAUGUGUACGACCGCUUUCGGCAAAAGAUGUCUCUUCGCAUCGCACUGGGACCUAAAUUAAUGUGAACCGUGAGGACGACGGCAGCCCGCGGUGGACGACUUCUGUGCUGAAGACUGCUUCUGCUUUGGAUGUUUUUGGAAACCCAUCAUAAAAUGGAAAAAAAAGUGCAUAGGGUAAUGAAAAGCUUUUAUUUAUGAUUUCAAAAAGGGAAGGAAACAAAUGUAUGAGGAGCAGUAUUAUCAAAGUAUGUUAGCAGUUACUGCUAACAGAUCUGUAUUACUGGCGAGACAACCGUUUUCUCUGCUACUCUUUGUUUCAGUAUCUCUCUGUAUCCAAUAAAAGGCAUUAAAGAAGGCGAA